AUAACCUGCUUUACACACCGUAAACCACACAGGCAUCGUCACGCACCGGCCUGCAGGGAUCAACCGCAUCUCGACGAGGGGAAAAAGAUCACGAGUAUUAUCAUUUUUGCUUUGGCGCAAAUCCAUUUUUCACCCAUGGACGUUAAAAUAAUGUUUUUAUGCAUCCCGCAUCCCUGCUGGAAGAGGAUGUCAUUAUUUUCACGCCGAUGUCUCUGAUCAAGGUGAGGAAUGGAUAAUAUGCGGCGAUUUCAGCGGAGAAUAACAUGAUCACCUGCGCAUUUUACCCUUAAAAUGACAUCCCGCAUCCACCCAGGCCUUUGUUUGGAAUAAUAAUGGUCUUAUCCUUUAAAUAUCACCACAAUGUUCUUUUAUUACAGCAAUUGCAUCACCUUAUACAGGCAGGUCAAAUGAACUAACGCGCAAACGCGCUCUUUGUCUGGUUGCGGGCGCGCGCUCAAUCAGUCAAUCAAUCCGUCAAUCAAUCAAUCGCCUUAUUUGCGCUUCCACGCGCGUGGAAUGAGUCGAGUCUAACGAAGCAUCUUCGAGAGGAUCAAUGGAGCCUUUCCUGCAGAUCGCGCCGCACUCGCUGGCCAUCGUGCUGUCGCGCGUCGUGGCGGAGGACGCGCCCGGGGUGACGGAGAGCGAGGAGCCUCCGCACCAUCACACCGGCUACGAGAUAUUCGCCGACUUCAAAUCACUGAACAUGAAAUAUUUCUGGAAUAAGAUGGUGGCCGAUGCCAUAGCCGAGACCUUUUUCCUGGGCUGGAUAGAUGAGCAUGUUUUACUGAUCCAGGGCAAGGAGGAUCACCUGGAGGUGUUGAGGGAGGCUUGGAUGAGGAGGUCCCUCAAACCACCGCAGGGCUUCGACAUCAAAUACCUCGGUGAUGUGUCUCCUAUCAGCAUGUCUCCCAUCAGCCAAUCCCAGUUUAUACCACUGGGAGAAAUCCUGUGCCUGGCCAUCUCUGCCAUGAACUCCGCCCGUAAGGCCGUCACGCAAGAGACUCUCAUCGAACACCUAGCAACAUGCUUCCCAGGCGUCCCCACUCCAAGUAUGGAGAUUCUGCGGCACACGCUCAACAUGCUGGUCCGAGAGCGGAAGAUCUACCCCACCCCGGAGGGUUACUUCAUUGUCACCCAGCAGACAUACUUCAUCACGCCUUCCCUCAUUAGAACUAAUAGCAAGUGGUACCACCUAGAUGAGAGGAUACCAGAUCGCAUGCAGCAGCAGCAGCCAUGUACCUCUCCUCACUCGGGUACCAUGACACCCUCCACGUCCGGAUGCGUCCGGGAAAGACCUCACCACAAGAACCAUAGUGAUUCCUACAACAACAGCUACCGGGAGGAUCUAGCACACAUACCUAGCACACAUACCUCAACCUUACAGAGAAGGUCUAAGGAGCAUAAAGAGGUUUCUCCUGUGUCUCCGCCCCCUCAGCAGCCAUCAGAGAAGAGUAAGAGUGCGCUUAGUUUUCCAUUUAAAACAGAGACAAACAGUAAACACAAAGAUGGAAGCAGCAGCAGUGGGGAGAAGCAGUCUAAGAAGUUUGGACUGAAGCUCUUCAGGUUGAGCUUCAAGAAGGACAAGACGAAACAUCUAGCCACGUUUUCCGCCCAGUUUCCACCUGAGGAGUGGCCACUGCGGGAUGAGGAGACACCCACCACCGUUCCCAGAGAGGUGGAGAUGGAGAUCAUCCGUCGGAUCAACCCAGAUCUUACGGUGGAGAACCUUGCUCGCCACACAGCCGUAAUGAAGCGAUUGGAGGAGGAGAAGGCUCAGAGGAACAAAGCAAACUCCUCGGCUCAGCAGAGUGCACGCAGCAAGAGGAGCCGCAGCCAUCGAAAGACCCAGCAGGGCAAGGCCUCACGUUCCCAUAGCAAAACACGAGUGUCCAGGGGGGAUCCGUCUGAAGGAUCCAACCUGGACAUAUCCUAUGACCGGGAUUACAGAUUCUACAGCUCCUCGUUGGUACGUUCUCCACGCGAAACCAUGAUGUCCAUGGAGCGGAAUAGGGGGAAGUAUAUGGUCCACAGCAACCCCAAUAUUGUGGAGUCACACUUUACCACCGCUCCAGAAUGGGAUGUUUCUGGAGAACUGGCAAAGCGGCGGACAGAAAUGCCAUUCCCAGAACCCUCUAGGGCACAGUCACAUUCCAAAGUCCACCGAAGUCAUAGUCAUACACAAGAGAGAAAGUCACGAAACGAGAGGUCGGACAAGGCCAAAGAAAGGUCACGCUCCAUGGACAACUCCAAGGGACCUCUUGGUGGUCCAUAUUUAGGUGGCCCAGAGGACUUUGAGUGCAAUCCCGAUGACAGGAGUCGGUACUACACUGACGAUGGUACUUUGAGGGCAUCUGCGCAGGCGACCCACUAUUCCCGCAUCUUGCUCUCUGCUGCUAGAUUACACUCUGACGUUUGUGUGCCUGAUGUUGGAAGAGGAUCCUCGGAGGAUGCUGUGCUUUACCGGACGCUGGAGAAGAGUAAAAGCAGGGAUAGUCUUCCUGCUUACAAUGACCUGAAGUCUUGCUCUCCCAAAACACCUGUGGAUGACUAUUUCCAGUGCACUGCGGCAAAUGAAGUCUCUCUCUCUGCCCCAUCAUCUCUUGUAAAACCCAGCCAUGACUUCACGGAUAGUGUCUGGAAGGGGAUCUCCUCUGACCGACUGACACCUCAUCUAACACCACCUCACCCUAUAGAAUAUAAAGAGGAGACAGCCAAGGGACAAAAUACUACUCCUAUAGCGACAACGAGCCAAACUCCCGAGCAUCUCCCCAAUGAACGAUUGUUGCACCAACACAAUCCUGACUCAGGUGACUUGGACAACAUGCCAGAGGUUUACAGCCAAGAGACUUUGUUUAAACCUCCAGACUACGUGGAGAGCAGCUUCUCAAGGCCAGGUACGAUAGGUAGGUCCCCUCACACCAAGUCAGCGGAGGUCCUUGGGACUCAGGAGCAUUUCGAUAAACCUCUACCACUGACCGUGCCACCAUCCUCGGCUCAGGAGCAGGCUUCAUGCGCAGAAACCACCUUUGACUAUUACAAUGUGUCGGAUGACGACUCGGAGGAGACUAGUCAUAAGAACCGGGUGGAGCAGAAAGUUCUAGAAGAGGGAGGGACAAUGCAAUGGCUGCUGGAACGGGAAAAGGAGCGGGAUUUGCAGCGGAAGUUUGAGAAGAACCUUACGUUUCUAAGUCCCAAGGAAGGUGAGGGGAACAACAGCCAAAAAUCGGUCCAUUCUACCCGAUUGGACAGUAUGGACUCCAGCAGUGUGACUGUGGACAGUGGAUUUAAUUCCCCACGCACGCGGGAAAGCCUUGCUUCGAACACCUCGAGUAAUGUGGAAAAUAGCAGGCGUCAGAAUAUGGCUUUGAGUCCAGGACACAUUGGCACCAAAAGACCCCCGCCGCCCUACCAGCCCCCCAGCUUCCGUACCAUCCGUGAGCCGCCCGCCAACCGCACGGAGAAACAGGCCUCCAUCACCAGCGUGUAGUGAUGGGGACCGCUAAACUGAACUUCACCAGGACUGUUACAAUCUUACAGGCAGGACCUUCUGAGCUCGUGUGACGCCUGUUCCAGCUGUCAUUUCAAAUAGAGACACGUUUCAGAAAACGCAGUUCAUCAUGAUUCACUGGAGGUAUCCACUUUUUUUGAUAUUUGUAACAAAUACUGCUGUAGACAAACACGUCAGUUCAUUAGGACUCGAUUUACGCUGAUCUGCGAUCAUGUUUGGGAUGUAAUCCUUGAUCAAACUCAUUUGUAGGUGUCCUUAAUAGCUUAAUGUAUCCACUACGGGUCUUAACUGUCUUCUGAUCCAAACUUGGCUGCGUUGCCUCUGCCUAUUCGUUCAUCGCUGUGUCUAGUGUUUCAUUCUGUACGCUCAGGUCCCUCUGAACUCUACUGACUUACUGGCUCAUAUUUGCUGGCCGUAACUUGAAGGCCA